CGGGCUCCCUCGUGGCUCCGCUCCCGUGUCAGAUCUGUUCUCCGAUCGGUGGCAAUUUUGUGCAUUUUUUUUCCCCCACCGGAAAACGGGCUACAAUCAGUGACGACAUUUCCCCUGUCCUUGGAAGUGCCGAGUGAAAGUUCCCAAAAAAGAAGAGGAAGGCGGUGGGAAAGUGCGGCGAGUGUUGUUGUUGUUGUGCCCGGAAAGUAUCUGGCGCCGAGAGAAUCAUCAUGUCGUCUCCGUCGCGAAGACUGCAGACCAAGCCGGUGAUAACGUGUCUGAAAACCUUCCUCAUCUCCUACAGCCUCAUUUUUUGGUUCACAGGUGUCAUUCUCCUGGCUGUGGGUGUAUGGGGCAAGGUGAGCCUUGAGGCGUACAUCUCCUUGGCCACAGAUGAGGGCACCAAUGCGCCGUACGUGCUUAUCGGGACGGGCGCCGUCAUCGUCAUCUUCGGCCUGUUUGGGUGCUUUGCCACCUGCCGUGGGAGCACCUGGAUGCUCAAGCUGUAUGCCAUGUUUUUGAUGCUCGUGUUCCUGGCUGAGCUUGUGGCAGGCAUCUCUGGCUUCCUCUUCAGACACGAGAUAAAAGCCAUUUUUGGUGAAACUUAUAAGGAUGCUAUCAAGAAGUACAAUGGCUCGGACAAGAAGAGCAAGGCUGUGGACACCAUUCAGAGGAGCUUGAAGUGCUGCGGCGUGAAAAACUACACAGACUGGUCAGACACUGACUACUUCAAGACUGAUGGCGUACCUGUCAGUUGCUGCAAGGACCCCAGCAACUGCACCCUGGAUGUCCGCAAAAACAUGGAGAAGGCGGCCACUGAGGUGUACAACACGGGCUGUUUCUUGCUGGUGACCACAGUGUUGGAGUCCAACCUGGGCAUCAUUGCAGGAAUAUCCUUUGGAAUAGCUUUCUUCCAGCUCAUUGGAAUUUUCCUGGCCUGCUGCCUGUCCCGAUACAUCACUAACAACCAGUAUGAGAUGGUCUAGUGUUCACCUGACACAGGAGACAGAGGAAAGCUGUUGGAUGGAGCCUGCCUUAAAGGGAACUCUUGUAGUUUUAAACCUAUGUAAAUGUGUUUGUUAGAUGUUUCUUGCUUUUUGGGUUUUUUUUUUUCUUUUUUUUUUUUUUUUUUUUAAAGACCAUUUCACUUCUUGGCGGACAAUAGGUUAAGGGAAUGAAAAGAAAUUGGCAUGUAAGGGAUCCAUUUUUUCUUGCCGUUACCACAACUACGCUGUACUCAACUCUGCUAAUGUUUAAUCUUUCUUGAAGAUACAUGUUGUGGCCAGUGCCUCAAGCUUAUUUUCAGCGAAGUGCUAUUAAUUGCUACAGGUUUUUGUUACCACAGUUCCACGAGAUUUGGAAACUUAAGUUAAUUUUCUGUAUUUAACUGGACUCCCGUUGUCAAUUCCUGUGCUUUUUUUUUUUUUUUUUUAUCAUUGAUAGGAAUCAGACAUCACUCCCAUUCUCAGUGUUGAGCUGUUUUGCACACUCCCUCUGUUUUGGGUGAACUGUUGGAAUGAUAUGGUCUUCAUGUUUCAGCCUGUAAUUAAAAAAGAUGUAGUUUCAGGGCAUCUUGUUCUUUUCUGGAAAUGCCUUUUUUUUUUUUCCCCCCCUUUUUGUAAUGUAAUGAAUUGUGUUGUUCAACAAGCUGAAAGCAGAGGUGGACAGGACCUACAACACAUGAAUGACCUGCCAAUAAAUCAAUGUGAAAAAUCCCUCUUAUAUUGCCCUCAACAGAGAGUCAGAGAUGUGUAUUACAACAAAGGUGAGAGAAUAAAGGGCUCGAGACUUUGUGUCUAUUGCAUAUGCAAGAUAACUGCAGUAGAACUAUGUAUCCUUAUUCUCUGGGAAAAAUUAGGCCAGGCCAGCUUUUUCAAUAUUAAAAUAUAUCGCUGUAGAUUUGUGUUGAAAGAACGAUGUUUUGUAGCAACUGGAGGUGUUGAAGGGUGAGAGGAAGACAGACUAAGGGAAACAGUGUUAACAUUUCUUUGGCUUUAACACCAAUAUACUAUCUAAUUGACUGAUUAAAUUCUGUUGCCUUACAGUUUUAACUCCAAAUAUAGUGGAGGAUGAUGUGGUUAAAAGUAUGGGUUAAGUCAACUGGAAAUGCAGCUAUAAAGAAAAACAAUACAGCUUCUCUACAUGCUUUAACAAGGUGUUUACAAGGAUACCCAUAUUAAACUCUCAAACACCACUACUCAUGGGUGGGCAGUAACUAAACUAACACAUCGCUUUAAUGAAAAAACUGGCUUGAACGUUUUCGUUUUGGAUCUGUGUUGUCCUUAAGAUCUUUAUGUAUUUGUACAAAAAUAAUAUUGUCAGUGUUAAAGCCGGCCUGUUUUAAUAUGUAAAUCGACCAUUGCAGCAUAUAAAAUAAAAAAAUACAACUCCAA